GGUUGCCAUGGAAGCGGCCGGUCGCGCGACGGGGCGGAGGGAAGAUGGCGGUAACGGGCUGGUUGGAGAGUCUGCGGACCGCCGAGAAGACGGCGCUGCUGCAGGACGGGAGAAGGAAGGUGCACUAUUUGUUCCCAGAUGGAAAGGAAAUGGCCGAAGAAUAUGAUGAGAAGACGGGCGAUCUACUUGUGAGAAAGUGGCGUGUGAAAAGUGCCUUGGGAGCCUUGGGCCAGUGGCAGACGGAGGUGGGAGAGCCGGCACUCCUGGGAGCAGGCAGCUUGGGGCCUGAAUUCAUCAAGGAAAACAAUGCCAAUCCCAUCUUUAUGCGCAAGGACACCAAGAUGAGUUUCCAGUGGCGGAUUCGAAACCUCCCCUACCCUAAGGACGUCUACAGUGUCUGUGUGGACCAGACGGAGCGCUGCAUCAUCAUCCGAACAACCAACAAAAAGUACUACAAGAAGUUCUCCAUCCCCGACCUAGACCGGCACCGGCUUACCCCGGAUGAGUCCGCGCUGAGCUUUGCUCAUGCCAACUGCACCCUCAUCAUCUCUUACCGGAAGCCAAAGGAGGUCCUGGAGGCUGAGUCAGAGCUUCAGAAGGAGCUGAAGAAAGUGAAGACGGCCCACAGCAGUGACGGGGACUGUAAGACCCAGUAGCGGAGCAUCCUUGAGCCUGCGCCUCGGUUGGUGUGGUGACCGGACCUCGGGCAGCACGGCAGUGGGGGAGGCUCUUCAGACUUUGUGGCUUGGGCCUUUCUGGAACAGGGGGUACGUCCUCUCUUCUAAGAGCUCUCCAGGCUCUGUAAGAACUGGGCCUUGGGGUGCUCCUAGCCCCCAUAUCAUGGUCUGAUCUCCCAAGUAAAGUCGUUCUGAGUCACUGCA